AGUUGGACGCUGCAAUCGAAGCGAAUCGGAGGCUGCCGGCAGGCUCCAAAAAGCAAAGUAUAAAUAAAUCAAAAAAAGGGGCGUAAUUCGCAACCGGUGAUAAGAGCAAGGGAAUGAAACGUUUUAGUUUAACGCUCGCCGUGCUGGGCAUGCUGGCAGCGUUUGGCAACUGUGGACAGGCUCCAACGGGUCACCGCACCAGGUACGAGGCGAACUGGGCGAGCCUCGAUCAGAGACCGCUGCCCAAAUGGUACGAUGAGGCAAAGGUGGGCAUCUUUUUGCAUUACGGUGUCUACUCGGUGCCCAGCUUUGGAUCCGAGUGGUUCUGGACCAAUUGGAUAAAUCUACGCAACCCGGACUAUAUACGAUUCAUGCAGCGCAAUUAUAAACCCGAUUUCACCUAUCAACAAUUCGGGGAGCAGUUCACAGCCGAAUUAUUCAAUGCCACCCAAUGGGCUUUGCUCUUUAAGGAUAGUGGUGCAAGAUAUGUGGUGCUGACCAGCAAACAUCACGACGGCUACACGCUGUGGCCUUCGAAGCAGAGCUUUGGCUGGAACUCAGUGGAUGUGGGCCCAAAACGCGAUAUUAUCAAGGAACUUUCGUCGGCUUUGCGCAGUGUUACGGAUCUCAAAUUUGGUUUGUAUUAUUCUCUAUUUGAAUGGUUCAAUCGGAUGUGGAUCGAUGACAAGCUGCAUCUGCUGCUCCAGCAGCACUUUGUGGACUACAAGGUGAGGCCGGAGCAAAUGGAGCUGGUCAAUGAGUAUUUGCCAGAGAUCAUUUGGUCCGAUGGCGAUUGGGAGGCGCCGGCAAAAUACUGGAAAUCAGAGGAGUUUAUUGCGUGGCUCUACAACGACAGUCCCGUCCGCGACACAGUUGUGACCAACGAUCGCUGGGGCUUUGAGACUGCCUGCCGGCAUGGCGACUUUUACAACUGUGCGGAUCGCUUCAAUCCCGGCGUGCUCCAGGCCCACAAGUGGGAGAACGCCUUCACCUUGGAUCGCAGCAGCUGGGGACAGCGCUUCGAUGUCACGCUCAAGGAUUUUAUGACCUCCAAAGAAGUUAUCAAAGAAAUUGUCAGCACCGUUAGCUGCAAUGGGAACGUGCUGAUUAAUGUGGGACCCACAAAAUAUGGCACCAUUUUGCCCAUCUUCGAGGAGCGUCUGCGGGACAUGGGCCGCUGGCUGCGUAUCAAUGGCGAGGGCAUCUAUGGCAGCCUGCCCUGGAUCUAUCAGAAUGACACACAGACGCCGUACGUGUGGUAUACGAAGGGAGCGGAGCAGUCGAACGGAGUCGUCAUCGUGUAUGCCUUUGUGCUGGAAUAUCCCUACGAUACCAAUGAGCUGGACAUCUAUCCGCUGGGCAAGGAUCUCAACAGGUAUCGCAAAGUGCUGCUCGCCGGUUUGGAUCUGGGCCCCAGCUUGGAUAAGACAACAACGAGAAUUACCAUGUUGGGCAUGGAGGAUGCAAAGAUCGAGUGGACAGCAAGUCACAACAAGGUGCACAUCAAGUUUCCGCUCAAGCAUCAGAUCGAUAAGCGCGGAUUGGAAUACGCUUGGACCUUUAAAUUAAUGAUAUCUUAGGCUUACUCUUAUAUUCAGAAUGUUGCUAUUAAGUAUACUAUAUAUAAUACAUUCUUUUCAAAUUUA